GACUGGAUCAAGAUUGGAGAUCUGACUUCCCCAAAUCGUCCCCUUUUUAUACAUCUUCAAUCAAAAGGCUUAAGAGGGGGAGGUCGGUUUGGCCAGACAACUCCACCACUCGUUGAUUUUCUCAAGGACAUUUUACGAAGAUACCCAGAAGGAGGGCAGAUUCUUAAGGAACUAAUUCAGAAUGCAGAAGAUGCAGGGGCCACUGAAGUUAAAUUUUUAUAUGAUGAAACUCAAUAUGGCACGGAGACCCUUUGGUCAAAAGAUAUGGAGCCAUAUCAGGGGUCAGCGCUGUAUGCGUACAACAAUGCCGUUUUCACCCCAGAGGACUGGGAUGGCAUUCAAGAAAUAGCCAGAAGCAGGAAAAAGGACGAUCCCUUGAAGGUCGGAAGAUUUGGGAUUGGGUUUAAUUCUGUCUAUCAUAUAACAGAUGUUCCUUGUAUCUUCAGUGGUAACCAAAUUGGGAUGUUAGAUCCUCACCAAACACUUUUUGGCCCACAUGAGUCAGGCCAGUGUUGGAAUCUCAAAGAUGACAGCAGAGAAAUCAGUGAACUCUCUGACCAGUUUGCACCAUUCAUUGGCGUCUUUGGAAGCACCAAGGAGACGUUUACCAAUGGCAAUUUCCCAGGGACCUUCUUCCGUUUCCCACUUCGCCUGCAACCUUCUCAGCUUAGCAGUAAUCUCUACAAUAAGCAGAAGGUCCUUGAGCUGUUCGAGUCCUUCCGGGCAGACGCGGACACGGUGCUCCUCUUCCUGAAAAGCGUACAGGACGUCUCCCUACACGUUCGAGAGGCCGAUGGAACAGAGAAGCUGGUGUUUCGAGUGACGGCGAGUGAGAGCCAGACCCUGAAGCACGAGCGGCCCGACUCCAUAAAGAUCCUAGGAGCUGCCAUCAGUAACUAUUGUAAAAAGGUUCCGAGCAACAGCAUCACCUGUGUAACCUACCCUAUCAACAUAGUUUUAGAAGAUGAGGGCGCAGAGAAUGCACAGAAGACAUCGUGGCUGGUGUGUAACAGUGUGGGUGGCCGAGGGAUGUGCAGCAAGCUCGACUCCUUAGCCGAUGAACUGAAAUUCAUCCCACUCAUCGGAAUAGCCAUGGCUCUGUCCAGCAGAGACGAUGAAGAAAAAGGAGCCACUUCCGAGUUCUCAGGAAAAGCCUUUUGUUUUCUUCCUUUACCACCUGGUGAGGAAAGCAAAACGGGUCUUCCAGUUCACAUCAGUGGGUUCUUCGGCCUGACGGACAACCGCAGGAGCAUAAAGUGGCGGGAGCUGGACCAGUGGAGAGACCCUGCAGCCUUGUGGAAUGAUGUCCUUGUGGUAAACGUGGUGCCAAAAGCUUAUGCCACUCUGAUCCUGGAGUCCAUCAGACGCCUGGAGGCAGAAAAGAGCUCAGAGCUCCCCCUGUCGGUUGAGAUUAUCUACAAACUUUGGCCAAACACAGACAAGGUGAAGGUGCACUGGCGGCCCGUUUUAGAGCCUCUGUUUAACGAGCUGUUCCAGAACGCAGUUAUUUAUUCCAUUAGCAAUCAGUGGGUGAAGUUGGAGCAGGUGUACUUCUCAGAGUUGGAUGAAAGUCUGGAACACACAACAACGGUGCUCAGCUACCUCCAGAGCUCAGGGAAGCAGGUGGCCAAGGUGCCGGCUAACCUUGCUGCUGCCGUCCAGGUGACUGCCUGCGGUGCCAAGCCUGUGAAGAGGGUGACGCCUGCGCUGGUGCGCCAGGUGCUGAGGAAGACCGCGCACUUGGGCAGCCCCGGAGAGAAGCUUCACCUCCUGGAAUUCGUGCUUUCCGACGAAGUUUACAGCGAACUGCUUGGCUUGGAGCUUCUCCCUUUACAAAACGGGAAUUUUGUGCCCUUCUCGUCAUCUGUAUCAGAUCAAGAUGUUAUUUAUAUUACCUCAGAAGAUUACCCAAGGUCCCUUUUCCCAGGUCUUAAAGGAAGAUUUAUUUUGGAUAACUUGAAGCCUCACAUUCUAGCUGCUUUAAAGGAAGCUGCCAAAACCAGAGGAAGACCCUGUACUCAACUGCAGCUUCUGAAUCCAGAACGAUUUGCACGUCUUAUCAAAGAAGUGAUGAAUACAUUCUGGCCUGGCAGAGACCUGCUUGUUCAGUGGUACCCACUGAAUGAAGAGAGAAAUCACCCACCUGUUUCAUGGCUAAAGAUGGUGUGGAAGAAUCUCUAUAUACACUUUGCAGAAGACUUGACUUUAUUUGAUGAGAUGCCACUUAUCCCCAGAAUGGCCCUAGAAGAAGGUCAAACGUGUUUGGAACUCAUUAGACUCAGGAUUCCAUCAGUAGUCAUUUUAGAAGAUGAACCUGAAGCACAACUUCCAGAAUUCUUGGCGGACAUUGUACAGAAACUUGGAGGAAUCGUCCUUAAAAAGCUAGAUGCCUCUAUCCAGCAUCCACUCAUGAAAAGGUACAUUCAUUCACCGUUACCGAGCGCUGUUCUACAGAUCAUGGAAAGGAUGCCGCUGCAGAAGCUAUGUAACCAAAUCGCUUCGCUACUUCCAACGCACAAAGAUGCCCUGAGGAAGUUCUUGGCUAGUUUAACUGAAAGCAGUGAAAGGGAGAGAAGAAUAAUUCAGGAAUUGCCAGUAUUCAAGAGGAUUAACCAUUCGUCUGAUCAGGGCAUUUCUUCUUACACAAAAUUGAAAGGCUGUAAAGUCUUGCAUCAUACCGCAAGGCUUCCGCCUAACCUGCGACUUUCUAUUUCUGUAAUAGACAGUAGUGAUGAGGCUACGAUUCGCUUGGCAAACAUGCUGAAAAUUGAGAAGCUGAAGACCACUAGCUGUCUAAAGCUUGUUUUAAAAGACUCUGAAAAUGCAUUUUAUUCACAUGAAGAGGUAAAUCAGCUUAUGUUAUGGAUUCUUGAGAAUCUAUCCUCCCUUAAGAAGGAGAAUGCAAAUGUGAUUGACUGGUUAAUGCCAUUGAAAUUCAUUCAGAUUUCACAGGAAAGGAUGGUGUCAGCCAGUGAACUCUUUGAUCCUGACAUAGAAGUCCUACAGGAUCUCUUUUAUAAUGAAGAAGAAAUCUGUUUCCCACCUUCCAUUUUUACCUCACCAGAUAUUCUUCACUCAUUGAGGCAGAUUGGCUUAAAAAAUGAAGCCAAUCUCAAAGAGAAAGACAUCGUGCAAGUGGCAAAAAAAAUUGAAGCCUUACAGGCCAGUUCUUGUCCAAAUCAAGAUGCUCUUUUAAAGAAAGCCAAGACACUCUUACUGGUUUUAAAUAAGAACCAUAUGCUGUUGCAUUCUUCUGAAGGAAGAAUGACAUUGAAGAAAAUAAAAUGGGUGCCAGCCUGCAAGGAAAGGCCUCCCAAUUAUCCAGGGUCUUUAGUGUGGAAAGGAGAUCUCUGUAAUCUUUGUGCUCCACCAGAUAUGUGUGACGUAGCUCAUGCAAUUCUCGUUGGCUCAUCAGUCCCUCUUGUGGAAAGUAUCCAUGUACACUUGGAAAAAGCAUUGGGCAUUUUCACAAAACCUAGCAUCAGUGCUGUCUUAAAACACUUCAAAAUUGUUGUGGAUUGGUACACUUCAAAAACCUUUAGUGACGAAGACUAUUAUCAGUUCCAGCAUAUUUUGCUUGAAAUUUAUGGAUUCAUGCAUGAUCAUUUAGAUGAAGGCAAAGAUUCUUUUAGGGCCUUAAAAUUUCCAUGGGUCUGGACUGGCAAAAAAUUUUGUCCCCUCGCCCAAGCAGUUAUAAAACCCAUCCAUGAUCUGGACCUUCAGCCCUAUUUGCAUAGUGUGCCUAAAACCAUGGCAAAGUUCCACCAGUUGUUUAAAGUCUGUGGGUCUAUAGAGGAGUUGACCUCAGAUCAUAUUUCCAUGGUCAUUCAGAAGAUCUAUCUCAAAAGUGAUCAAGAGCUCAGUGAGCAAGAAAGCAAACAAAAUCUUCAUCUUAUGUUGAAUAUUAUCAGAUGGCUAUACAGCAGUCAGAUUCCAGCAAGCCCCAAUACUCCAGUUCCCAUACAUCAUAGCAAGAGUCCUUCUAAACUCAUCAUGAAGCCAAUUCAUGAAUGUUGCUACUGUGACAUCAAAGUUGAUGACCUUAAUGACUUACUGGAAGACUCAGUGGAGCCCAUCAUCUUGGUGCAUGAGGACAUACCCAUGAAAACUGCCGAAUGGUUGAAAGUUCCCUGCCUUAGUACAAGGCUCAUCAAUCCUGAAAACAUGGGAUUUGAGCAGUCAGGACAAAGAGAACCACUUACUGUGAGAAUAAAGAAUAUUUUGGAAGAGUACCCUUCCGUGUCAGAUAUUUUUAAAGAACUGCUUCAAAAUGCUGAUGAUGCAAAUGCAACAGAGUGCAGCUUCAUGAUUGACAUGAGGAGAAAUAUGGACAUAAGGGAGAAUCUUCUGGACCCAGGGAUGGCAGCUUGCCAUGGCCCUGCUUUGUGGUCAUUCAACAAUUCUGAGUUCUCAGAUUCAGAUUUUGUGAAUAUCACUAGAUUAGGAGAAUCUUUAAAGAGAGGAGAAGUUGACAAAGUUGGAAAAUUUGGUCUGGGGUUUAAUUCUGUGUACCAUAUCACUGACAUUCCCAUCAUCAUGAGCCGAGAAUUCAUGAUAAUGUUUGACCCCAACAUAAACCAUAUCAAUAAGCACAUCAAAGAUAGAUCUAAUCCUGGGAUCAAAAUUAAUUGGAGUAAACAACAGAAAAGACUAAGGAAAUUUCCUAAUCAAUUCAAACCAUUUAUAGAUGUUUUUGGCUGUCAGUUACCUUUGACUGUAGAAGCACCUUACAGCUACAAAGGGACUCUUUUCCGACUUUCCUUUCGAACUCAACAGGAAGCUAAAGUGAGUGAAGUCAGUAGCACUUGCUACAACACAGCUGAUAUCUACUCCCUCGUGGAUGAAUUUAGUCUCUGUGGACACAGGCUUAUCAUUUUCACUCAGAGUGUAAACUCGAUGUAUUUAAAGUACUUGAAAAUUGAGGAAAGCAAUCCCAGCUUAGCACAAGAUACAGUCGUAAUUAAGAAAAAACUUUGCUCAUCCAAAGCAUUGACUGUGCCUGUUUUAAGUGUUUUAAGAGAAGCUGCUAAACUCAUGAAGACUUGCAGCGGCAGCAAUAAAAAGCUCCCCACCGAUGCACCAAAGUCAUCUUGCAUCCUUCAGAUCACAGUUGAAGAGUUCCACCACGUGUUCCGAAGGAUCGCCGAUCUACACUCGCCACUUUUUCGAGGUCCAGACGACGACCCAGCCACUCUCUUUGAAAUGGCUAAAUCUGGCCAAGCCAAGAAGCCUUCAGAUGAGUUGCCACAAAAGACGAUGGAGUUCACCACAUGGCUCAUAUGUACCUGCAUGGACACAGGGGAGGCUUUAAAAUUUUCCUUGAGUGAAAGUGGAAGGAGACUGGGACUUGUUCCUUGUGGUGCAGUGGGAGUGCUACUCUCCGAAACCGAGGACCAGAAGUGGCUCGUGAAGUCACACAAUGGAGAAGUGUUCUGCUAUUUACCUUUACGGAUAAAAACUGGGUUGCCAGUUCACAUUAAUGGGUGCUUUGCUGUUACUUCAAAUCGAAAAGAAAUCUGGAAGACUGAUACAAAAGGACGAUGGAAUACCACCUUCAUGAGACACGUUGUGGUGAAAGCUUACUUAGAAGCGCUCAGUGUCUUGCGGGACCUGGCAGUCAAUGGGGAGCUGGCUGAUUAUACUUACUAUGCAGUAUGGCCUGAUCCUGACUUAGUUCAUGAUGAUUUUUCUGUAAUUUGUCAAGGAUUUUAUGAAGAUAUAGCUCAUGGGAAAGGAAAAGAACUGACCAGAGUCUUCUCUGAUGGAUCUAUGUGGGUUUCUAUGAAGAAUGUGAGGUUUUUAGAUGACUCUAUACUUAAAAGAAAAGAUGUUGGGCCUGCAGCCUUCAAGAUAUUUUUGAAAUACCUCAAGAAGAGUGGGUCGAAAAACCUCUGUGCCGUUGAGCUUCCUUCAUCAGUCAAAUUAGGAUUUGAAGAAGCUGGCUGCAAACAGAUACUUCUUGAAAACACAUUUUCGGAGAGGCAGUUUUUUUCAGAAGUGUUUUUUCCAAAUAUCCAAGAAAUUGAAGCAGAAUUUCGAGAUCCCUUAAUGAAUUUUGUGCUUAAUGAAAAGGUAGAUGAGUUCUCAGGGAUUCUUCGUGUUACUCCCUGCAUUCCUUGCUCUUUAGAGGGGCACCCUCUGGUUUUACCAUCAAGAUUGAUUCAUCCUGAAGGACGAGUUGCAAAGUUAUUUGAUAUUAAAGAUGGGAGAUUUCCUUAUGGCUCGACUCAGGAUUAUCUUAAUCCUAUUAUCUUGAUUAAACUCGUUCAGUUAGGCAUGGCGAAAGACGACAUCUUGUGGGAUGACAUGCUAGAACGUGCAGAGUCAGUAGCUGAAAUUAAUAAAAGUGACCAUGUUGCUGCUUGUCUAAGAAGUAGUAUCCUGUUAAGUCUUAUUGAUGAGAAACUAAAAAUCAGGGAUCCUAGGGCAAAAGAUUUUGCUGCAAAAUAUCAAACAAUUCCUUUCCUUCCAUUUCUAACCAAACCAGCAGGCUUUUCUUUGGAGUGGAAAGGUAACUGUUUUAAGCCUGAGACCAUGUUUGCAGCUACUGACCUUUAUACAGCUGAGCAUCAAGAUGUCAUUUGUCUUUUACAACCAAUACUAAAUGAAAAUUCCCAUUCCUUCAGAGGUUGUGGUUCAGUGCCAUUGGCUGUUAAAGAGUUUUUGGGGUUACUUAAGAAGCCAACCAUUGACCUGGUUAUAAGUCAGUUGAAAGAAGUUGCCAAGUCGGUUGAUGAUGGAAUUACAUUAUACCAGGAAAAUAUCACCAACGCUUGCUACAAAUACCUGCAUGAAGCAUUGAUGCAAAACGAAGCCGCAAAGAUAACGAUUACUGAAAAGUUAAAGCUCUGUAGCUUCAUUCUAGUUGAGAAUGCGUAUGUUGACCCAGAAAAAGUCUCUUUUCAUUUGAAUUUUGAAGCAGCUCCGUAUCUUUAUCAGUUGCCUAAUAAAUACAAAAAUAAUUUCCGGGAACUCUUUGAAAGUGUGGGUGUGAGGCAGUCAUUUAUGGUAGAAGAUUUUGCUCUUGUGUUGGAAUCUGUUGAUCAAGAAAGAGGAACAAAGCAGUUGACUGAAGAGAAUUUUCAGCUUUGCCGGCGAAUAAUUAGUGAAGGGAUAUGGAGCCUCAUUAGAGAAAAGAAACAAGAAUUUUGUGAGAAAAACUAUGGCCAGAUAUUAUUGCCAGAUACUAACCUUGCUCUUCUCCCUGCCAAAUCUCUAUGCUACAAUGAUUGUCCCUGGAUCAAAGUUAAAGAUACCACUGUGAAAUAUUGUCAUGCAGACAUACCCAGGGAAGUAGCUGUGAAACUAGGAGCAGUACCAAAGCGGCAUAAAGCAUUAGAAAGAUACGCGUCCAACAUCUGCUUCACAACACUUGGCACUGAAUUUGGACAGAAAGAAAAACUGACCAGCCGAAUUAAGAGUAUCCUUAAUGCCUAUCCUUCAGAAAAGGAAAUGUUGAAAGAGCUUCUUCAAAAUGCUGAUGAUGCAAAAGCCACAGAAAUCUGCUUUGUGUUUGACCCUAGACAGCACCCGGUUGACAGGAUUUUUGAUGACAAAUGGGCACCGUUGCAAGGGCCAGCACUGUGUGUGUACAACAAUCAGCCGUUUACAGAAGAUGAUGUCAGAGGAAUUCAGAAUCUUGGGAAAGGCACCAAAGAAGGAAAUCCUUGCAAAACGGGACAAUAUGGAAUAGGAUUUAACUCCGUGUACCAUAUCACAGAUUGCCCUUCUUUCAUUUCUGGCAAUGACAUCCUGUGCAUUUUUGAUCCUCAUGCCCGAUACGCCCCGGGAGCCACGUCAGUCAGUCCUGGGCGCAUGUUUAGAGACCUGGAUGCAGAUUUUAGGACACAGUUCUCAGACGUUCUGGAUCUUUAUUUGGGGACCCACUUUAAACUGGACAAUUGCACGAUGUUCCGAUUUCCCCUUCGUAAUGCAGAUAUGGCAAAAGUUUCCGAGAUUUCCUCAGUGCCAUCGUCAGACAGGAUGGUCCAGAAUCUUUUGGACAAAUUGCGCUCAGAUGGGGCAGAACUUCUAAUGUUUCUUAAUCACAUGGAAAAGAUUUCCAUCUGUGAAAUAGAUAAAGCUACUGGAGCUCUAAAUGUGUUGUAUUCAGUAAGGGGCAAAAUCACCGAUGGAGACAGAUUAAAAAGGAAACAAUUUCAUGCAUCUGUGAUCGACAGUGUCACUAAAAAGAGGCAGCUCAAAGAAAUACCAGUUCAACAAAUAACUUAUACUAUGGAUACUGAGGACUCUGAGGGCAAUCUCACUACAUGGCUGAUAUGUAAUAGAUCGGGUUUUUCAAGUAUGGAAAAGGUAUCCAAGAGUGUUAUAUCCGCUCACAAGAACCAAGAUAUUACUCUCUUCCCACGUGGUGGAGUUGCUGCCUGCAUCACUCACAACUAUAAAAAACCCCAUCGAGCCUUCUGCUUCCUGCCCCUCUCUUUGGAGACAGGGCUGCCAUUUCAUGUGAAUGGCCACUUUGCUCUAGAUUCAGCCAGAAGGAAUCUGUGGCGGGAUGAUAAUGGAGUCGGUGUUCGAAGUGAUUGGAAUAACAGCUUAAUGACAGCAUUAAUCGCUCCUGCAUAUGUUGAGUUGCUCAUCCAGUUAAAAAAACGGUACUUCCCUGGCUCUGACCCAACCAUGUCAGUUCUACAGAACACGCCCAUUCAUGUUGUCAAGGAUACCUUAAAAAAGUUUUUAUCCUUUUUCCCAGUCAACAGGCUUGAUCUCCAGCCAGAUUUGUACUGCCUAGUGAAGGCACUGUAUAGCUGCAUUCAUGAAAACAUGAAACGUCUUUUACCUGUUGUGCGGGCUCCAAAUAUCGAUGGCUCUGAUUUACAUUCUGCAGUUAUAAUUACUUGGAUUAAUAUGUCUACUUCAAAUAAAACUAGACCAUUUUUUGACAAUUUACUGCAGGAUGAAUUACAACACCUCAAAAAUGCAGAUUAUAAUAUCACAACCCGCAAAACCGUAGCGGAGAAUGUCUAUAGACUAAAGCAUCUGCUUUUGGAAAUUGGUUUCAACUUGGUUUAUAACUGUGAUGAAACUGCAAAUCUUUACCACUGCCUUAUUGAUGCAGAUAUUCCUGUUAGUUAUGUAACUCCUGCUGAUGUCCGAUCUUUUUUAAUGACAUUCUCCUCUCCUGAUACAAAUUGCCAUAUUGGGAAGCUGCCUUGUCGUCUUCAACAGACUAACCUUAAACUUUUCCAUAGUUUGAAACUUUUGGUUGAUUAUUGUUUUAAGGAUGCAGAAGAAAAUGAGAUUGAAGUGGAGGGUCUGCCUCUCCUCAUUACGCUGGACAGUGUAUUACAAACUUUUGAUGCGAAACGACCCAAGUUUCUAACAACUUACCAUGAAUUGAUUCCAUCCCGCAAAGACUUGUUUAUGAAUACAUUAUAUUUGAAAUAUAGUACUAUUUUAUUGAACUGUAAUGUUGCAAAAGUGUUUGACAUCUCCAGCUUUGCUGAUUUGUUAUCCUCCGUACUGCCUCGUGAAUAUAAGACCAAAAACUGUACACGAUGGAAAGACAGUUUUGCAAGUGAGUCUUGGCUAAAGAAUACAUGGCAUUUCAUCAGCGAAUCUGUAAGUGUGAAAGAAGACCAGGAAGAAACAAAACCAACAUUUGAGAUUGUUGUUGAUACCCUAAAAGACUGGGCAUUGCUUCCGGGCACAAAAUUUACUGUUUCAGCUAAUCAGCUCGUGGUUCCUGAAGGUGACGUUCUGCUUCCUCUAAGCCUUAUGCAUAUAGCAGUUUUUCCAAAUGCUCAGACCGAUAAAGUUUUUCAUGCCCUAAUGAAAGCUGGCUGUAUUCAGCUUGCUUUGAACAAAAUCUGCUCCAAAGACAGUGCAUUUGUUCCCCUGUUGUCAUGUCACACAGCAAACAUAGAGAGCCCCUCAAGCAUUUUGAAGGCUGUACAUUACAUGGUCCAGACAUCAACAUUUAGAACUGAAAAAUUAGUAGAAAAUGACUUUGAGGCACUUUUGAUGUAUUUCAACUGUAAUUUGAGUCACUUGAUGUCUGAAGAUGACAUUAAAAUUUUAAAGUCACUUCCAUGUUACAAAUCCAUCAGUGGGCGAUACAUGAGUAUUGCAAAAUUUGGAACAUGCUAUGUACUUACAAAAAGCAUCCCUUCAGCUGAAGUGGAAAAAUGGACACAAUCAUCAUCGUCUGCAUUCCUUGAAGAAAAAAUACACUUGAAAGAACUCUAUGAGAUGGUUGGUUGUGUACCUGUAAAUGAUCUUGAGGUAUAUUUGAAGCACCUCUUACCAAAAAUUGAAAAUCUUUCUUAUGAUGCAAAAUUGGAGCACUUGAUCUAUCUUAAGAAUAGAUUAUCUAGUAUUGAGGAAAUAUCAGAGAUUAAGGAACAACUUUUUGAAAAACUGGAAAGUUUGUUGAUAAUUCAUGAUGCCAACAGUCGACUAAAGCAGGCCAAACAUUUCUAUGAUAGAACUGUGAGAGUUUUUGAAGUUAUGCUUCCUGAAAAAUUGUUUAUUCCUAAGGAUUUCUUUAAAAAAUUAGAACAACUCAUAAAACCCAAAAAUCAAAGUGCGUUUAUGACAUCUUGGGUGGAAUUCUUAAGAAAUAUUGGACUAAAAUACAUACUUUCUCAGCAGCAGUUGCUACAGUUUGCUAAGGAGAUCAGUGUGAGAGCUAAUACAGAAAACUGGUCUAAAGAAACAUUGCAAAAUACAGUUGAUAUCCUCCUCCAUCAUAUAUUCCAAGAACGAAUGGAUUUGUUAUCUGGAAAUUUUCUGAAAGAACUGUCAUUGAUACCAUUCUUAUGUCCUGAGCGGGCCCCUGCUGAAUUCAUUAGAUUUCAUCCUCAGUAUCAAGAGGUAAAUGGGACACUUCCUCUUAUAAAGUUCAAUGGAGCACAAGUAAACCCUAAAUUCAAGCAGUGCGAUGUGGUACAGCUGUUAUGGACAUCCUGCCCUAUUCUUCCCGAGAAAGCCACCCCCUUGGGUAUCAAAGAACAAGAAGGUAGUGACCUUGGUCCGCAAGAACAGCUUGAACAAGUUUUAAGUAUGCUCAAUGUUAACUUGGACCCUCCUCUUGAUAAAGUCAUUAAUAACUGCAGAAACAUAUGCAACAUUACAACUUUGGAUGAAGAAAUGGUAAAAACUAGAGCUAAAGUCUUAAGGAGCAUAUAUGAAUUUCUCAGUGCAGAGAAAAGGGAGUUCCGAAUUCAACUGCGGGGGGUUGCAUUUGUGAUGGUAGAAGAUGGUUGGAAACUUUUGAAGCCUGAGGAGGUAGUGAUAAAUCUAGAAUAUGAAUCUGAUUUUAAACCAUAUUUGUACAAGCUGCCUUUAGAACUUGGCACAUUCCAUCAGCUGUUCAAACAUCUAGGCACUGAAGAUGUCAUUUCAACCAAGCAAUACGUCGAAGUAUUGAGCCGCAUAUUUAAAAAUUCUGAGGGGAAGCAGUUAGACCCUAAUGAAAUGCGGACAGUGAAGAGAGUGGUUUCUGGCCUGUUCAGGAGUCUACAGAAUGAUUCAGUCAAGGUUAGAAGUGAUCUUGAGAAUGUACGAGACCUUGCCCUUCACCUUCCAAGCCAGGAUGGUCGAUUGGUAAAGUCGAACAUCUUAGUGUUCGAUGAUGCACCUCAUUAUAAAAGUAGAAUCCAGGGUAAUAUUGGUGUUCAGAUGUUGGUUGAUCUUAGCCAGUGUUACUUGGGGAAAGACCAUGGAUUUCACACAAAGUUGAUAAUGCUCUUCCCGCAAAAACUGAGGCCUCGUUUGUUGAGCAGCAUCCUUGAAGAGCAGUUAGAUGAAGAGACCCCCAAAGUCUGUCAGUUUGGAGCCUUGUGUUCUCUCCAGGGAAGAUUGCAGUUGCUCCUGUCUUCUGAGCAGUUCAUCACAGGGCUCAUCCGGAUCAUGAAGCAUGAGAAUGACAAUGCUUUCCUGGCCAACGAGGAAAAAGCCAUAAGACUUUGCAAGGCCCUGAGAGAAGGACUGAAAGUUUCCUGUUUUGAGAAACUCCAAACAACAUUAAGAGUUAAAGGUUUCAAUCCAAUUCCCCACAGCAGAAGUGAAACAUUUGCUUUUUUGAAGAGAUUUGGCAAUGCAGUCAUUCUGCUCUACAUACAACAUUCGGACAGUAAAGACAUUAAUUUCCUACUAGCAUUAGCAAUGACCCUGAAGUCAGCAACUGACAAUUUGAUUUCGGACACUUCAUAUUUAAUUGCUAUGCUAGGAUGCAAUGAUAUUUAUAGGAUCAGUGAGAAACUUGACAGUUUAGGAGUGAAAUACGACUCUUCAGAACCUUCAAAACUUGAACUUCCUACGCCUGGCACGCCUAUACCUGCUGAAAUUCAUUAUACUCUGCUUAUGGAUCCAAUGAAUGUUUUUUACCCCGGAGAAUAUGUUGGAUACCUUGUUGAUGCAGAAGGUGGUGAUAUCUACGGAUCAUACCAGCCCACGUACACAUAUGCAAUCAUUGUACAAGAAGUUGAGAGAGAAGAUGCAGACAACUCUAGUUUCCUAGGCAAGAUAUAUCAGAUUGAUAUUGGUUACAGUGAAUAUAAAAUUGUUAGCUCUCUCGACCUGUAUAAGUUUUCCAGGCCUGAUGAAAGUUCUCACAGCAGGGACAGCGCCCCCUCUACACCCACCAGCCCCACAGAGUUUCUUGCCCCAGGACUGCGGAGCAUUCCUCCUCUUUUCUCUGGCAGAGAGAGCCACAAAAUCUCAUCUUCAAAACAUCAUUCCCCCAAAAAGCUGAAGGUUCACUCCUUACCAGAAAUCCUAAAAGAGGUGACAUCCGUGGUGGAACAAGCUUGGAAGCUUCCAGAAUCAGAAAGAAAAAAGAUCAUCCGACGGUUGUAUCUGAAGUGGCACCCUGACAAAAAUCCCGAGAACCAUGAUAUUGCCAAUGAAGUUUUCAAGCAUUUGCAGAAUGAAAUCAACAGGAUGGAGAAACAGGCUUUUCUAGAUCAAAAUGCGGACCGUGCCUCCAGGCGCACCUUUCCCACUUCAGCAUCCCGAUUUCAGUCGGAGAAGUACUCAUUCCAGAGAUUUUAUACUUCGUGGAAUCAAGAAGCAACGAGCCAUAAAUCAGAAAGGCAGCAACAGAAUAAAGAGAAAUGUCCCCCUGCAGCUGGACAGACUUACUCCCAAAGGUUCUUCGUCCCUCCCACUUUCAAGUCCGUUGGUAACCCCGUGGAAGCUCGCAGAUGGUUAAGACAAGCGAGAGCAAAUUUCUCAGCUGCCAGAAAUGACCUUCACAAAAAUGCUAACGAGUGGGUGUGCUUCAAAUGUUACCUUUCUACCAAGUUAGCUCUGAUUGCGGCUGACUACGCUGUAAGGGGAAAGUCUGAUAAAGACGUGAAGCCAACUGCUCUUGCACAGAAAAUAGAGGAGUACAGUCAGCAGCUCGAAGGACUGACAAAUGACGUCCAUACAUUGGAAGCUUACGGGGUAGACAGCCUCAAAACUCGAUACCCUGACUUGCUCCCUUUCCCACAGAUCCCAAACGACAGGUUCACGUCCGAGGUCGCCAUGAGGGUGAUGGAAUGCGCUGCUUGCAUUAUCAUAAAACUUGAGAAUUUCAUACAACAGAAAGUGUGA